GAAAACAGGAACCUCUCUCUCUCUCUUUCUCUCUCUUUCUCUCUCUUUCUCUCUCUCUGGGCUCGCGCCUCAUCAGUGGAAGUGGUUUCAGUAAAAGGGGAAGAAGAGCAGUUUAAUAGAAAGGAUCUGAAAAAUCACUGCAGAGCCGCCAAGGAACAAUAGAGUUAGACAGGAAGACAGAUACGAUCACAGCAUGCAUUUGAAGAUAUGGCGCCGGCUCCCUUCGCUGAGCUGUGUAUUUGUCCAGAAGAACACACAGACAAACUGACACAUGCAUGUGCACAUAGCACUUCUAUGUUGUGUUUUCAUGAAUGCUGUCCCUGUGGAGAGAGAAGACUCUCAGGAAGGAAAACCAAAGCCACAGAAACCAAGCAACAUUUACCAAAAGCCAAUAAGUGACAUUUAAAGCAGAGGAGAAAACUUCAUUGUUUCGUCCAUCCCUCUCCCCUCCAGGUUCUCCUGCUCCACCUCUAACCUUGCCCACACGAUGGACCGGCCUCUGCUGAGACGAGUGUCGGCCGGGGGCUGCUGCUCCUACAGCACCCUGAAGGCCUGGAUGCCCAUCCUCUCCUGGCUGCCCAGGUACAAGCUGAGGUGGCUUCAGAUGGACCUGCUCGCAGGCCUCACCGUCGGGCUGACGACUGUACCGCAGGCGCUGGCUUACGCUGAAGUAGCUGGCCUUCCUGUGCAGUACGGACUCUACUCUGCCUUCAUGGGGGGUUUCAUCUACACCCUGCUGGGGACCUCUAAGGACGUGACGCUGGGUCCCACGGCCAUCAUGUCCCUCCUGUGUUUCUCCGUGGUGGGGGGGCAGCCACACCGCGCUGUGCUUCUCAGCCUCCUCUGUGGACUCAUCCAGGCUUUAAUGGCAUUACUGAGAUUAGGCUUCCUCUUGGACUUCAUCUCUUUCCCUGUAAUAAAAGGCUUCACUUGUGCUGCUGCAGUAACCAUCGGCUUUGGCCAGGUCAAGAAUAUUCUUGGACUUCGAGGCAUCCCCCACCAGUUCUUCCUGCAGGUUUACUACACCUUCUACAAGAUCCCAGAGGCCAGUAUAGGUGAUGUGGUCCUGGGUCUACUUUGUCUCGGCCUGCUGGUCAUGUUGAUGUUCAUGAAGACGAGUCUAGGCUCAGGCAACGGGCCCCCCUCCUCCAGAUUCGCCAGGAAACUAGUGUGGGCUGUUGCUACCAUGCGUAACGCUCUGGUGGUCGUGGCUGCCUCCUUCAUAGCAUUUUCCUGGGAUGCCUACGGUUAUCAUGUGUUCACAAUCACUGGAGAAAUUUCCCAGGGCCUCCCACCGUUCAGGCCCCCACCCACCUCAGACACCACCGCCAACGGCACUGUGGUCUCCUUUGGAGAGAUUGUAGAGGGUUUUGGAGGAGGGCUUGCUGUGAUUCCCUUCAUGGGUCUGUUGGAGAGCAUUGCUAUUGCGAAAGCUUUUGCGAGCCAGAACGACUACAGGAUCAAUGCCAACCAGGAGCUGCUGGCAAUUGGUGUGACCAACAUCAUGGGAUCCUUUGUGUCCGCCUAUCCUGUCACUGGCAGCUUUGGGAGGACAGCGGUGAACUCCCAGACUGGGGUUUGCAGUCCAGCUGGAGGGAUCAUCACCAGUGUGAUAGUGUUGCUUUCCCUGGCGUUCCUCAUGCCGGCCUUCUACUACAUCCCCAAAGCUUCCCUGGCUGCUGUUAUCAUCUGUGCGGUAGCUCCUAUGGUGGAUUACCGUGUCGUGGCUAAUAUGUGGAAGAUACGCAAGCUGGACCUGCUGCCGUUUGCUGUUACGUUCCUGAUGAGUUUCUGGCAGGUGCAGUAUGGCAUCAUGGGAGGUGUAGCUGUAUCUGGAGUCCUGCUGCUUUACAACAUGGCCAGACCCCAGAUAAAGGUGUCUGAUCACGGUGUGCUGGUGAUGGAGUUGAGCAGUGGACUCAGUUUUCCUGCCACAGAGUAUCUCAGCCACAUCAUACACACCCAGGCUCUGCAGGCGUCUCCUCCUCGGUCAGUGGUACUGGACUGCCAUCAUGUCAGCAUCAUAGAUUACACAGUGAUCAGCGAGCUCAGGGACUUGCUGAGGCAGUUCGAACUACGAGACGUGAGGCUGGUGUUUUGCAGAUUGCAGCCCUCUGUUCUGGAGGUUCUCCUGGCAGCCGAUCUUGAGGGCCUCAGGUACGCAGACAGUGCGGAGGCGGCGCUGCAGAUGGUGUCAGGAAACUGCCUCGAUGACCGACACAGAAACAGUCCAGUCACAGACUGGCGAGAAGAUGUUUGAUGCUGGACAGAAGCAAUGUAGCAACAACACUGAUCGGUGAACUUUCUGAACUGGGAUUAUUGGGCUGUUAAUGAUGUUAAAAGGUGAUAAACUACCUCCAUUAAUAGCAGUCACGUGCACGGAGACUGGCAGUGGCCAAGUGAUAUCUCCUUUUUUCCUGUCCUAAGAAAUUAUUACACUGAACUUCGUAUCUGCCAGACUUCCCUGGAAGACUGGAAAUUACUGUGCAAUCUCCCAGAUUACAACACUACACGAAAACAUGGGACCAGACGUCUAAUAUUGUGUUUCAUAUGCUUUUGAUGGACAUUUUGCAUUUUGUGUGAAUGAUGAAGGAAUGAGAGAAAUAAUAUACUGAAAUAUAUAUUUUUACUAACAGAGCAUUCACUCUGUUAUGUGUUAGGGCUGAAGGUGACAGUUGAGCUGCCAGAGACAGAAUUUACAGAAUAACAAUUUAGUCAUCAAUUCAUUGAUUUACUCAAUAAAUUAAAAACCCAAAUCACCACAUUUAUAAAAGGAUUUUUAGUGAAUAAAAAGUUUACACUUUCAUGUGUA